UUUUUCCGAUGUGAAAAACUCAAUAUCGUUUAAGACAUCACUCGCAAACUUUCGUUAAUUAUGUCUUCUGAGGGGGCGAUGCCAGCAGCUGAACCCAGGUUACACCGACUCUCCUCCUGGUUUGACCCUGAAACUGCUGCGGUAGUGACCAUCCUCCUGGGGCUGUUCCAGGUGCUGCUGUCUGUCCCACUUGCUUAUGCUGACCAAACUCUGCCAAAACUCUUCAUACUGCCACUUGUCCUAGGAAUUGUAAUUGUGGCAGGAGGAUCAUUCACCAUGGCCAAUGAGAGAAACCCCAGCAGACUACUGCUUCGUGGUUGUGCCUGCAGUAACGUCAUUGGCCUGCUGGUGGCACUCCUUGCCUUCUGCCUCUACUGCUUCAGCCUCAGCACAGAUCGCGAAGAACUUUGUGUACCUGUUUAUUCUGACUUUGCUUUCAGAGCCUGUCCUGGGGAAAUCCUCACGGCAUACUGCUGGAGUGUGACACUGCUGCUGCUGGUCUAUGACACUGGUGCUGUGGUCUUGCACUGCCUGCUGUCUAUCUCUGCUCUCAAAGCACUUAAAACGGACUAAUAUCAUACAAACACACACAUGUACACACUGUACUGCAAAGUACAUACAGUACCAUACACGUUGAAAAGGAAAGCACUCAUGAUACAGGUCAGAUGUUUUCUAUUCAAAACCAAACGUAUCCCUGUAAUAGAUAAUAACCUAACCCUAACUUUUCACAAAGUGAGCUUUAUCAACACACUGUCAUCAUUUUAACAAUAUACAAUUCCAAAACAAAUCCUUCUAGCAGACACCAACAUGACAACUUGCACAACAGGUAACACAUGAUGUAUUUUGUGUCUUUGAAGUUGUAAAUUCCUUUGUGAUCUCUAUUUUUAUGUUGUUUUAAACUGAAACCUAUCCUUUAAUUAUGGAACUGGAGCCAGGACUCAAUUAGCUUAGCUUAACAUAAAGAUUGGAAGCAGGUGGAAACAGCUAGCCUAGCUCAGAUUAUCUUGUCUUUAUUAUUUCAUAUUACAUCUUUAUUAUUACAGAUUUGUUAUUGAGGUAAAAGUAAAAAGUAAUCAAGUUACAUUAUAUUGUGAUACUUGGGUUAGUUUACGACUACAUUUUGUACCAGAAUAUAUUUUUAAAGUUAGCCUCCCAACCCAAUUUAACAAACAAUCAGAUCAAAGACCAACCCACUUUUCCAUAAGAUUAGUACAUCUUGGUCAAUCUUAUCAAACGCUGUGCUUAGUUCUAAGAGGAACUGAGACUCAUCAGAGUUUAGUCUGUGGGUGCUGAUUAUUUUAGUAGGAACAGUUUCAGUGCUGUGGUUUGUUGUAAAGCCUGAGUGCAAUUCCACCAGGAUAUUGUUUUCUUUAACAAAGGAGUUUAUUUGCAAUGAAACAAUAUUUUCAAUUGUCCUACUAAUGAAUGGAAGGUUGGAUGUCAGCCUGUAGCUGGACAAAGCGUUACUAUCUAGGUUGGAUUUCUUGAGUAAGAGUACAGUAGCUGUUUUGAAGACAUCUGGGAAGAUUUUUUGUUUGAAGUGAUGUAUUUAUAAUGUCCAGGACAUAAUUGGAAACACAACCACUUAAAAAAUGCUGUAGGUACAGGGUCAAUACAUGAAGCGGGGGAAUUAUAAUGAGUGAGUCUUGCAAAGCUCAGUUAAUGUAAUACAGAUGAAUUUUCCCAUGGUCCCAUUUACAAGACAACUGUGUUUACACCAGCAGGAAUUCUGGCUCUAAUUUGUGUUAUUUUGUUACUAAAAAACAAUGUGAGUUCCUUACAUUUUGAUGCAGAUAACUGUUGGGGGUGUGGGCAGUAUUCUCCCAGUAUUCUCUAUAAUAAUCUUGGAAAAGUAAUCCUUUGGUGCCAGAUGUACUGCUUUGUUACAUGCAGUCAUUGCCUAUGGGUAUAUAUUACAAUGAACUGCAAGUCUAGUUUUCCUCCAUUUUUUUCAGCUAAGAUGACAAUGCAUUUUUGAAAAUUUUACCUAUGUUAUUUAAAUAACAUGGUUGAAAACUGUUUAACUAUGUUAUUUUAAUCACAUUGUUAUUUUCGACCAUGUUUUGACCAUAACAUGGCUGAAAAUUUCAACAGUGCAUAAGUAAUAAUUCAUAAACUCCACAGUUUACACAUCAUGUAUAAUGAAAUCAAGUGGGACUUGUAGAGAUAGUGAUGAAUAUUUUGGUGGCUGAUAUAAUGUACUGAUGAGCACUGGCAAAUCUAAUAAUGCUCUUCAGCUCAAGAGCGAGAUAUUCAAAUGAUGAAAUAUCACCCAAGUCCAUAUCACAGACAAACUACAAUCUAUUCUUCGUUCCUGUUUUGUCUGACCGAUUAAUUAUUUGGAGGCCAGUUUUCAACUAAAAACAUACAUAUAUAUAUGCCGCUUUUUAUGAAUUAUAUGUUGUUUAGCAAUUUUAUAACAAAUAAAAUAUAAAUAAAAUAUUUUUAGAAAACGAUUUGUAUAGGAAGGGGUAACAUAUGACCAAUAUGAACAUCUAAACUAGUCAACUCUAUGAUCAUUUUAGAGGCAGCAAGUUGUUACAGCAUUAAAUGGUGGCCAAAUAUUGUUGGUCUGUAUGCAUGUUGUGGGAGGACAAAACAACAAACCCUUACAAUAUAAGAUUAUGCUUUAUUCUGGUGUUGUUGUCAUUUUCAUCCACAGCCUGCAUGUGCAAAACAGACAGCUUAUUCAAAUGUUGUCCACUUAAGAUGUAAUAAACUAUUUCUAAGACCUAUGGUGUUUUACCAUACUGUCAUCUAUGGUCCUUCUGACAGGACUCACCUGCUACAAAUGUUUCCAUUACAGGGCCUGGGCAGUCACUCUUGGUGAAGACAGAACUCUUGAUGAUUUCUAGAUAUUAUUAUGUCUAUCUUACUUUUCACACCACUGAGAUUCUCAUGCUGCUGGUACAAAUGUCCAUAAAUGUGCAUUCACCUGUAUGUUUUUAGUGUUUUUACUUGCUACAAGAUGUUCAGGAGAAAACCAUAAUACACUCUUUUAGCCAUUAAAAGGCUGAAUUUGUUCAUAGAGAGCCUUAGAUAGAGAUAUAGAGAGAUUCUAUCAUUGGAUUGUUUUAAAUAUAAUUUUAUAUUGGUUGUAUUUUCAUCUUUCAAAGGUUCCAUAUGUAUGAUUGUGAAGCACAUGUAUUAAUAAAUGUUUUAUUGUCAAUUAA